AUGCCAAAAGCAACACGAAGAAAACAUCAUAAUGGAAUUCCAAUUGAAUUGGUUAAUGACAAAAAAAUAUUAGAAAAGCAAUUAUGUGAAUUUGUUGUUGGUGUGCGAAGAGAUGAUGGCGAAGAAUAUUUGCCAUUAAAAAAUUGUAUGGCUGCAAUUGAUAGACAUUUGAAAAGUCACAGUGUAAUUAAAGAUCAAAUUACUUUAAAUGGAAAUGCAUGUGAGCAAAACUAUCCAGACUUAUAUAAAACUUUAAAUGGAAAGCUAUGUGAUCUUAAGGAACAGGGUAAGAUUUCUACAAAGAAGGCUGACACACUUUCACCAGAUGAAAUCAAACAAAUUCUGAAUCACCCAUCAACAUCAAAAGAUACACCCAAAGGUCUCUCUAGGAGAGUGUUUAUAUGGGUCUGUUUAGUAUUUUGUCCUCGUGGUGGUGAACAUACAAAAAUGUUAAAAUGUCAGUUUGAUAUAUGUGAUGAUAUGGUCAUUUUCACCAAAUUUCAUCAAAAAAAUGAUCAAGGUGGUCUUGAUGGUAAUAAUGAAUCACUAAAUAUCCCAUGUCCACAUGAUAAAGAACAUCAAGGAGCUUAUGAUGACAUUAUAUCUUAUUUGAGUAAACAACCAACACCAUCAAUCAAUGAUGAUGUAUGGUAUCUUGAUCAUAAAAUUGGAACUGAGAAAAUCAAGAAUUACAUGAAGACAAUAUGUUUCAAUGCUGGUAUAAAUCUAAAUGGAAGAAAAAUAGUCAACCAUUCUGGUUGUGCUACUAGUCUAAAUUGGUUAUAUCAAAGUGGUGUUGAUGACACACAAGUGAUGACAAUCUCUGGUCAUAAAAGUCUCAAGGGCGUGAGAUUGUAUAUUGCACUCACUAUAUAUCAAAAAACUAGUAAAAUAAGCAAUGUUCUUCAAAUGGCAUUAACACUGCAAGAAUCAUCAACUUUGAAUAAAACACCUCAAAAAAAUACAGAGCCUGAAGAUAUCAAAGAUAAUUCUGAUGAGCCAGAUGACAUGAGUGAUAAAGGCAGUGGUGUUAAAUCAUUAGGUAAAUUUACACAUGUUACUCAACCAUAUAAAAAUAAACCAUUUCACUCACCCUUAAGAGAAAUUGUCAAUGAUGCUAUCAAUAACAACACUCAAACAGUAAAUAGAGAUCUUUCUAAUAAUAACAGCAACCAAACCAAUAAUAUUAAU